CGUCUAACCUUCCUUUCCUUACUCAAUUGUCAAGUAGUGGCCCUUUCUCUAUCUUCAUGGCCAAUCGAGAGAAAUCGAUUGAGUUGUACGAGGUAGAAGCUGGCCCUUCUACAAAACGCCUCGCUACACCGAAAAGUCCUGCAAUCGACUUCACCUCAAAUAUCAAAAAAUUCGAGCUAUCGAAGCAAAAGGCAAAUCUUUCGCCCGUUUCUGGCUCCAAAGCUGGAGAUCAUCGAAGACCAAGGUCGAUAAAUGGACAGCCUUCGGUAUGGAUCGACAGAGACGCGCCAGGUUGGAACCAAAGCCCUACUCAGGCUGCAUUUCCACCACCACUGCCAAAGAAGAGCAAGCUCUAUGAAUACAAGAAGAUAUGGAGGAAGAAUUACACCUUGAGUCUUGAUGGUGGAGGUGUGCGCGGCUAUUCGCAAUUGAGUAUCAUUAAAGCAUUAAUGGACGAAGUUGGGAAAAUCGAGCGAAGCCAGCCCGACAAAGACGGCAAGCCAGUUUUGUCAAGCUUUCACCCCUUCACCCCAAGCGAAGGGAAAUCCGUCGUCCAACCCAAGUCGAAACACAAGAGAAACAAGAUGAAGAAGGAAAACUCUACGAAUGGCCACAAAAGUGGCGAUGAUUCACAUGGCAAUGGAAAGGGAAAGGGGAAAGAAAUAGAAAGACAAUCCGAAUCGUCUUUGGAUGAAAAGGAAUGCUGUCAAUUUUACCCCUAUCACUACUUUGACUACAUUGCAGGAACAAGUACGGGAGGAUUGAAUGCGAUCAUGCUUGGGCGACUUCGAAUGAGCGUUGAUGACUGCCUUACUGGCUACACUGAAAUGGCCCAUAAGGUUUUCGGUAAACCUCGGUUAGCAUCGUACCGCUUCUCCCCCCUAUUUUGGUUUUGUGCGAAGUACAGCGGUUGUCGAUUAAGGGAGGUGGUGAAAGAUGUUGUCGAGGAGCAUUUGUGUGAAGGGGAAGGCUACAUGUUGGCCAUGAACAAGGAGAUGUGCCGAACUAUUGUGCUGGCAAUGAAGAAGAAUCUCAGUAACGUUGAAACCGCACAUCUAUUCCGAACGUAUGACCACCACCGGCGAAGAGCGCCCCAAACGGACAAACGCAUGGACGCUUUCGAGCAAGAGGGUCCUGCUGAUUCAAGUCUUAUCUGGGAAGUGGCGCGCGCAACCUCAGCAGCUCCAACGUAUUUCAACACAAUCAAAAUCGGAGAAGAUGAAUAUGGAGAUGCCGGGUUCGGGGAAAAUAAUCCAAGUAAAAGGCUGUUCUGGGAAGUUAGGUUCAUGAACAACGGCGAUGAGAAAGCCAACGCGCUUUCGGUAAGUAUUGGCACAGGCGUCACAAGAUUUUCUCGGUUUCAGAAAGGUCCCUUGAAAAGAAUCAUUGCCUGGAUCAAUGCGGCGAAGGAAAUCUCCAAAGAUUGUGAAAAGACUCACCUCGAGAUGCAGAAUAUGCACAAAGGCAAAUACUACCGCCUUAAUGUUCCUGAAAAGGCGACAGAUCCAGAUGCUCAGGAACCAUCAAAGUGGCAACACAUCAAGAAACGUACGCGGAAAUGGUUCGGCCACGGUGGGGAGCCAUUGGAUCGAGGACUUGCAAAAAUCAAGUUAGAUGAGUGGAAGUCAACGAGCUGGUGGCGGAAAGAGAGCACGCAGGAAGAAAUCGAGCGCAUUACGAGAGAGUAUCUGAAGGAUCCAGGGGUGAUUCAGGAACUGAGCGAAAUUGCAGAGAUGCUGGUUUCGCACAGACGAGCAAGGGCGAGGACGGAUCGGUGGGGAGCAUACGCGUUAGGAAUUCGGUACGAGUGUCCAGUGAUUAUGGAACCUUGUCCCGAAGAUACUUGGACGGAUGAGCGGGGUUUACAGAGGCAUUUAGAGGAGGACCACGAGAUUUUGGCGAGGAUGAUGCCAGAUGAGCAUAUGGAGCAGAUUCUGAGCGCGGGGAAAUAUUUUGAACACCAUCACUAGGUGGUGAAGUUUCAUUUUUCCUUCACAAUUUCUGAUCAAAUUUUCUUGCUCUCAACUGUGGAUAGUUUCCAUGCUUGGGUUUGUAAUAUUGUUUCUCUCUGAGGAUGGAUUGGAACCACGAGAAACCGGCAUUUGAAACAUUAUAAUGGUGGCUAUUGAGCGAGGAGUUCACAGAUACUUUGCUUUUCGGAUACCCAGAUGUAUUAUACAAUGUAUAUACAGAGCAUGCUUUUACAAUUUUGAGAAUUAUAAAGGAGUGCUUCAAGUCUUUUCGUCUCUUGAAUCUUAGGCCUCUUUUUUUUCGUACCAUUAUCAGAAAAUCAGGCUGCUUAUUCUUUUUUUUUUAGACUGUGC